CUCGUUAAGAAAGGAUAUUCGUUACAUUGUUGUUAAGUUGUUAUUAUAAUUUCACAAACAAACCAACCAACCAACCAAAAGCAAACCGAAAGCCAACUGCUCGCUAAAGAGAAUUCAAAAUAAAAACCGAAAAAAAAAUAUAACCAAGGGAAUCCACUUGCCUUGAGUGCUGGGGAUUCUGCCUGGAAACAUAAUUCAAAAAACCAAAUGAACUUUUCGAAAACAAAAUUCAUUGGUCUGUGAUAAGUGAAGGUCUAGCAAAGAGGAAAUUUUUUAUAAAAACUAAAACCAACCACAAACAACACGAAGCGGAACAAACGUCAAGGAAAACCACAAAAAACGGCAGCAUUUCCCAAAUUAGCAAAAUUGUAGAAAUUAUUUAAUGCAUCAAAUCGUUUGAUCAAACAACAAGCAGCAGCAUCACCACCAGCAACAAAAACGGUGCGGUUUCACACAAAAAAGGCGGCCAUUCAAAAUAAAAAAAAAAACCGCGAACCUAGCCAAAUUAUAACACAAUUUAUUUAUAUCAUCAACUGCAAGGCGCCAGGCACUUCAUUAAGCAUUAAAGCGAGCUGCGUUUAACCGCAGAACGUGCAAAUUUCGCACCGCAAAAGUACCAGCACCACUGAGCCACCAGCCGGAAAAUGUUGGCCAUGCCCACGCUGAUGAUGCCAGCCACCGCCCAGAUGACGCUCAGCGCCGCCCACGGAAAACCCUACGAGACAAAGCUGCUGGCCAUCCACCAGACGCAUCUCCAGCAGCAGCAGCAACAGGCUUCCGCUCCCCCGCAGCAGCAGCAGCAGUCGCAGCAGCAGCCACCCAACGGCAAACAGCAGUCGCAGCAGAUGACCAUUGUCACCACCCAGCAGCAGCAGCAGCAACAACAGCAGCAGCAGCAGCAUCCCCAGUCGCAGUCGCCGCAUCAGCAGCAGCAGUCGCAACAGCAGGCCGCCGCAGCAGCAGCCGCUGCAGCCGCAGCAGCCCACCAUCAGCAGCAGCAGGCGGUGGCCGCAGCAGUCUGUGCCGCCCAGCAGCAGGCUGUGGUGGUGCAACAGCAGCAGCAGCAGUACCAGAUCCACUCGCAGCAGCAGUCGCCGCAGCAGCAGCAGGUGCUCUGCAUCUCGCCCAAGCAGGAACAAUUCCACAUCUUUGUCGGCGACUUGAGCUCAGAAAUUGAAACUCAGCAAUUGCGCGAAGCAUUCACACCAUUCGGCGAAAUCUCCGACUGUCGCGUGGUGCGCGAUCCACAAACCUUGAAGUCGAAGGGCUAUGGCUUUGUGUCCUUCAUCAAGAAAUCGGAAGCCGAAAGCGCCAUUACGGCCAUGAAUGGCCAGUGGCUUGGCUCCCGCUCAAUUCGCACGAAUUGGGCCACACGGAAACCGCCGGCGAGUAAAGAGAACAUCAAGCCGUUGACCUUCGACGAGGUCUACAAUCAGAGCAGUCCCUCCAAUUGCACCGUUUACGUGGGCGGCGUCAACAGCGCCCUCACCGCCCUCAGCGAGGAGGUCCUGCAGAAGACCUUUGCCCCCUACGGCGCGAUACAGGAGAUCCGCGUCUUCAAGGACAAGGGAUACGCUUUCGUGCGCUUCUCCACCAAGGAGGCAGCCACCCACGCCAUCGUGGGCGUGCACAACACAGAGAUCAACGCCCAGCCGGUGAAGUGUUCGUGGGGCAAGGAGAGUGGUGACCCCAACAAUGCGCAGACCAUCGCCACCCAGGCGCUGAACAGUGCCGCCGCCGCUGCCGCCGGCUUCCCGUACGGUGUGGGCGCGGCCGCCGCCGCCGCCGCCUACGGACAACAGUUGGCCGCCACGGGCUGCUGGUACUCGCCCACGCCCACCUAUCCGGCAUCCUCGGCCACGGCCGCAGCGGUGACCCCGGCGGCGGCCAGUGCAGCCGCCGUGCAGAACCAGUUCCUGCAGGGCAUCCAGGGCUAUCACUUUGGCCAGUACGGCGGCUAUCAGCAGGGAUACAUGGGCAUGGGAGUGCAGAUUCCGGCCACCUGGCAAGGCGUCACCCAGGCGCAGAUCUCACCUGCCCAGCAGCUGGCAACGGGCGUGGCCGGCACCGCCAUUCCGCAGGCCGCCGGCGUGGUGGCCUAUCCGAUACAGCAGUUCCAAGUGAGCCCCCAGGUUUAUCCUCUACUCUUGCAGGCACAGUAAACGCCAAAAGCCAAAAAAAACCGAAAAUCCAAGCAAAAUUUUUAAGUACAGCCGCAAUUUUCUGAGCAGAAACAAAACCAAACUGAGCUGUAAAUAAAAUGCGAAGCGCAGAACACACAAAUUACAAAACAAUUGAUGGCAUCUUGAAGUUUGGCGAUUUUAGAGAGCUGCACCCCAGAAACAAAAAGCAAGCGCGAAUGCAAAAUCCGAAAUCCCACACCCACAUAAAUAUAUAUCUUUAUAUAUAUAUAAAACUAGAGCAUAAUUAUCUGUCAACGCCCGUUGAAAAAGCUUCGGCGGAAGCAAACAAUUAUUAUGUAUAUGCAAACAAAAAAAAAAAAAAAAAGAAAAUGAAAAUGAAAAGAAAGCGAGCAUAUUUUUAACCCUAGUUGCUUACACCACGACACACACAAACACACCUCGAACCACAUAUUUAAUGCUUUAUGUAAUUGUGUUGGAGCACGGCGCGUAUAAAAAAAAAAAACAACAACAAUUAUUAAUUUAAUAAGGCAGCGGGAGAAAUUGCGGGCCACGAUUACAAUUUGGUCGAAGGAAAACAUAAAUCGAGUGGGUUGUUGCAGCCUAAAUCAAACAUAGUCGCAGCAUUAAAUUAAAAUAAACAUAAUUAAAAAUGCGUUAAAAUUAAUUACGCGCACACAGGCAGGCCGGCACAUGUAUUCAAGCAAAUAUGUAUGUGUGUGCGUGUAUGCAAACAAUCCUUAACCCCCCAUCAUCCCUCCUCUCACAGCAGGAUCCGCAUCAUUUUGCAUUGCCUACUUUUGUGCGCAGUUUGGUUUUAGCUUAGCACAGACACACACUUGUACACUACCUUCACGGGGCGAGUGAAAGUCGUUUCUCAUUCAUCCAACUUUUGCACACUAUCAAUUGAUUAGUGUGUGAAAUUAAAAUGGUAAAAUAGAAAGAAAAUUUGAGGAAGCGCAACUUUCACUCACCCGCACACACUUAGCACUAGUGCCUAUAAACUAUGAUAGAUGAUACUGCUUAGAAAUAACUGCCAGUUAUCGGGCCAAGUGCAGUUGAUUGGCCAACUAGCUCGUCAUGUCCUGCUAUCAUUUCCUAUAUAGAAUGCAACUGAAAGUUCACGCACUCACACCGAUUUGUGAUCGAUCAGCAAUCGAAAGACAGGUUCCUACACACGCACACUCACACGGUCUCACCAGCACUCGCAGUUUGAAGUAUCUGAAUAUAUAAAAUAAUCAUUAAAAAAAAGUACAGGAACGUCCAGCCCAGCCAGCCCAGACCAGUCCAUAAAUUGCUUAAAAGUUCACAACCUAAUUCAUUAUGACUUUUCGCUUCACUUUCAACAAGCGCUUCAGGAGAGCCAUGUACAAAGCAGCCGCAAAAAUGUUUCAAACUCCCUCCAAAACAACUUACUCUUGAAAACACGCCAGUACUAAUCCAUGUUUGUACAUGUUACGUUUAUGGUUUUAUUUCAGUUGCCAGAUGAGGAGUGGCUAGCUGCAAAUUUGUUGUGUUAGUUCUCUGUUGUUUAGGCCAAACGAAAGCGAUAAGGAAACCCAAAGCAAACCAAGUCAAAUCAAAUCAAAUCAAACCAAACAAAACCAAACCAAACCAAACCAAACCAAACCAAACCGAAACCAAAACGAAACCAAAACCGAACCGAUAACCAAACAGAAUAUCCAAGUAGCUAAAAAUAUGUAUGUGGUAUGAGUACGAGUAAAAUAUAUAGAGAAAGAGAGAUAGAGAGAGCAGAACUCCCCUAAACAAGUAAAAUAUAUUGAAAACAAUCAAAGUAUGCCAUCGAAUGAUAUUAAUUGAUAUUAGCUAAUCGAGCAUAGCCGUAAUAAAGUAGAUAUUAUCGCCUAAUCAUAUAAGCCAAUAAACACACACUUGCAGCCCAAAAACCGAGACAGCUGCGCAGGACAUAGGACAAGAUAUCCCAAAGGCAAGCAUUAAUCAACUUAAAGACAACACGACACACUCACACAAAAAGCUAUAGGGAUCGAGAUUACAUAGCAUAACAUGAAUGUGAAACAUAAGAAUAGUCAUAUGGUAAAUACAACUAAAAGUGUAGAGUAUAUUAAUGUAAAGUGGUAAAGUGUAGUCUUAGAGUUGGUUGAUAAGUACAUAGAGUAUACAGCAUAUGCAUUAAACAAACAUGCUUAUAUAACAUAUAUAUAUAUAUAUAUAUUUAUACAUAUAUAUAUAUACAAGCCGUAUAGAAAACACUCACACAGAAACAUGCAUACACUCACACGGUGUUUUACAUAUAGAGAAGAAAAACUAGAUGCGAGCAACGUAUGGUAAAUGAUAUUUAUUGUUUAUUGUGUUGUGUGCGUUGGAUGAUAAAUCACAAAUAGAUGUUCAAAAUGAAAACCAAUUAAAGCGAUGACAACAAGAACAACAGGCAGAAAUCCCAAGUACUAGAAAUAGCAAUACGCAUACGUAACGUAAUCGCAAUCGCAUUCGCAUUCGCAUCGUAUCGCCAUACGUAUCGGACAAUUAAGCUGCAAAGGACGACAGGACGAAGGGACGAAAGGACGAGGCUUGAUUUGCAUUUGACACGCCCCAAUCCCCAGUGAAUUGCAGCGUGGAAUUUGUUAUGUCAUUUUUUAGUGGAAUUUUUGCAUCAAACGCAGCCGAGCAUUUAGUUACACACACGGGUGUGGCCCUAGCACCAUUAAAUGUCUAUCGAUAAUAACCACACACAAACACACACGGACACAAAUACCAAAUACGGAUGUGUAUCCGUUGGAUGCGCUCACUCAGUACGAAUAGAAGGGUCGGGGAUUUUAGCCAAGGAUCUGAGGAUCAGCAGGACACACACACAGUCCCAUGGGGCAAUCGUACUGUAUAUUUAAAUGUUUUUAGCACUAGAAUCUAGAGAAACUACGAGGCGCAUGGCAUGCGACUUAGAUGUAGAUGUGAUUUUAAAGUGGUCGGGAUUGGGCCGGAUUAAUAAUGCAAGCAGAGUGAAGCUGACAAAUGCAUUUUUUGUUGUUAUUUUAUUUUCUAGAAUUUUGUUAAGUAUAACGAAAAUGCGAGAACAGAAAAAUUUUGAAAUGUUGUUGACCAAACGAAAAAUAAAAUAAUCUUAAAAAAACAGUUUUGCAGAAAACCAAAAUUUGGCUAGGAAAACAAAGAAAUUAAAAAACAUUUAUAAGUGAACAAGUUUAUAGUUAAGACAAAAAAAAAACCCAAAAAAAAAAAUAUUAUCGGUUUGUUUGUUAAUGUUUGCGCUACAUAUCAGUAAAGAGUUAAAAUGGGUAGUUGGCACGUAGAAAUAGUGAAGAGUUGGAAACUAAAUAAGAAUUAACUGUGGAUGGUAAAAAGCAUAAAAGAAGCUGACAAAGACGACGAACUAAAUAAUAUACAAAUAUAAAAGAUAAAUGAAAAGCAUUAAAAUAUAUUAAUAACAGCUGUAACUGUAUGUAUUUAUGUUGUGUAACUAUAAACUGUGCUAAGUCAUUUAUAUACGUCUAUAUAUAUAUAUAUAUGAACAUAUACAAAGUAUUUAUACACAUGGCAGCCCACGUCACAUAUACAGCAGAGAGGUACUAAUCCUGGCAGAAGGAUUUGCCCAUCCCAAAAACAGAAAUAAAAACAAAAGCCAGGGCACUACAAGGAUACUGUGUAGUGUGUGCACUAUAUUGCCGGAUGAUGAUGAUUAUUAUUAUUAUUAUUCAUCGACUCAGGUUCUGUUCCGAUCAUAGUCCGUUUCCACCAUUAGUCAAGCGUAAUUCAAUUCCGAGUCCUUCGCUUUGAGUUACUAAUUCGGUUUGGGUUCAAAGCCAACUACACACUGAAACGAUUGCAGUUAUUAACCAUAAACUACAAUUACCAAUUAGUCAAUUCAAAGUGUAAUUAACUGGAGUGCUGAAACAGGAGCAGUUAGCGAAAUUUACCACACACGCAACGCGAAAAGCAACAGCAUGCGAUGCAAAUGGAAGCACAUAGCAUAAAUUAAACUAAACGGGGGGAGAACAAAUUUUAACGAGAUCCAAUUGCAGCAACGCGAAACCGAAAAUCAAUCAAAUAAAAGUAUUAUCUAAGCUACAAACAAUUAUAUAUAUUUACAUGCUGGCAGACCCUUCAACGUGAAUGGCACUGCAUACUAGUAUUCCCAGUUCUGAGUAUGUGUGUGUGUUUUCGUAAGUUUAAUUACACACCAGCAAGGAUAUGGCAGGAGAAUAUGAUUUGCAAAUGCAAAUACAAUUCAGAAAUAUUAUAGUAAACGUACUAGCCACGAUAGCCGUUGGAACCAAAUCAAAUUCAGCAUCUACUGAGCAGGCAAACAGGAUAUUUUUGUGCAAUAAACCAGGCGAAAGGAAUGAAGGGCAUGUUAUGCAAUUAAAAUUACACUAAUAUUGUAAACAAAUCAAAUGCAAAUGUAGAAAAAAAUCAAACGAUGAGCAAACAACCAAAAGCUGCUAACAAAACAAACAUCAAAAGGAAAACAAAAGCUAAAACCAAAAAAGUUUUGAAAGCCAUUCGACACAAGGACAGAACACACUCACAGAUACAGAUACAGAUACAAAUACAGAUACAAAUACAGAUACAAAUACAGAUACAGAUACAAACUCAAACAUAGAUAUCGAUAUUAUACGAACAAUAUAUAUAUAUAUAUACAUAUAUAUAUACAGACGUAAAAUAUGAUAAGUAAAUAGCAAAUAACUAAAGUAAACAAAGUAUAGAUAUCGACUGCAGUAUUGCAAAUAUUUUGUAGAAAUUUAAGCAUGUUUGAGUGUGUUUUAGGACAAGGAAAACACAAAGGCGUAGGGCAAACAGGAUGAAAAAAUCGAGAACAUUGUAGCGGAAUAAAAGGGCCGAAAACAUAAGCAAACAACCAAAACAACCAAACCAAACAAAACAAGAACAAGAACAAAGCCGAAAAUUGAAAACCUAAUGCAUAAGCUAAGUAUUAAAUAUACACUAAAACAGAAAUAUAUAUACAAUUUAAAUACGGCAUCACCAGUCACACAGACAUACACACAUAAAAACGGCAUUUGCAUAAGAAAACACACACAAGUGAAACAACGUAACGAAUAUUAAAAGAGUUAAUCAAAUUAAGCAUAACAAGAAAUUCAAAAGAAAAAUAUUUAUAGUUGAAAACAAAACAAACAAAUAAAAAAAAAAAAACGGGCAAUUUGGUUGCGUAUUUGUAUACCAACGCGCCAAAGAAACCCAAAUAACCCGGCAGCAAAAUGCAAGCAAAAUAUUUUACAACAAUGUCAGCGCAGCGUGGAGGUCACCACCUCAUCGAGAUGGUCUCGCAGCAGAGGUGACCCCGACCGGUUGGGGGAAGGUUUUAGAGCUAGACGCUGGAUGGCCAUAAGAGGCGAAAUGCAUAGAGAAAUUAUACUUAGGUGACAGCAAACAAGAGAUAAAAAACAAACACAAAAAUAACACAGAAACAAGAGUGUAAUAACAGGCGAGAUGGAAAACAAAGAACAACUGCAACAUAGAAAUGAUGAAAAUAAGUAAAUAUACCGAAUAAACAACAAAAAUUAUAUUAUGUAUACAUAAAUAUAUUGAAAGAAAACAAAUAAAA